GAAAAAGAUAUAAAUAAACUCUCAGUCCCCUCGUAAAGUUUUAAACUUGAAAGCAACCCAAAAGCCUAAACCAUGGCUGGUUCGAGAAAGGAGAAUGAUUUAUUGGAGGAUGAUAAAGAAAACGUGGAGACAGUCUCGCGCUCUGUUUCCGUUAAGAAAGGAGAGGAUAAGGAGAAUGUCUCGCCUGGAAACAGCUCUGCCUCUGUGGAAACUAAGAAGCAAGACCGAGCCUUGAAGUCUCGAUCGAUGAAGGGAGAUUCUAAGUUUCCCAAUGAGGUUACGAACUUCAAAUCUUUCUCGACGGGUGGUCGAGCAGCUCUGAAGCAGACAUCGCUGCAAGUGUGUAUGCAGCUGAACAGCGAUGAGGUCGAUAAGGGUGUGAAAACUUGGACUAGUGUUGAUUCUGAGCAUUUGAAAGUCUGGGAGUUUUCGGAUUCCGAAGCUGCCCCUGCUUCCUCUUGGUCUACUUUGCCUAAUAGGGCUUUGCUGUGUAAGACGCUACCUUUGGAUGUGGGUAGAUGCACUUGUCUGAUUGUCAAAGAGAAAUCGCCAGAAGGCUUAAGCGACGGUUCUGUAUAUUCACUUUAUACACAUGAAGGUCGUGGAAGGAAAGACCGGAAGCUAGCCGUGGCUUACCACAGGCGGCGUAACGGGAAGUCUGUGUUUAGGAUUGCACAGAACGUUAAGGGGUUAUUGUGCAGUUCGGAUGAAAGUUAUGUUGGUUCUAUGGCGGCUAAUCUCAUGGGUUCUAAGUACUACAUAUGGGAUAAGGGAGUUCGAGUUGGAUCUGUAGGUAAAAUGGUGAAGCCGCUUCUUUCAGUUGUAAUCUUCACACCUACUAUAGCAACUUGGACAGGGAGUUACAGAAGAAUGAGAGCUUUACUACCAAAGCAGCAGCCAGUGCAGAAGAACAAUACUAAGCAGGUCCAACAAGCUAGUAAACUACCGCUUGAUUGGCUUGAGAAUAAGGAUCAAGUUCAGGAGCUAUGCUCAAGGAUACCACAUUACAACAAAAUCUCCAAGCAGCAUGAGUUGGACUUCAGAGACAGAGGAAGAACAAGUCUAAAAAUACAAAGCUCGGUGAAAAACUUUCAGCUCACACUCACGGAGAACUCCAGGCAGACGAUUCUUCAGAUGGGAAGAGUAGACAAAUCAAAGUAUGUAAUUGACUUCAGGUAUCCAUUCUCAGGCUACCAAGCAUUCUGCAUUUGCUUAGCUUCCAUUGAUUCCAAGCUUUGUUGUACUGUUUGAACACUAUAAAGUUUGGAGAGUUCAAUCCAUGAACAUCCCUCCAACUAUCAUAUCAUCUGUAUUCAUUGCUUUUCUGCAUAAUCAAUUUCUCUUAUCUCA